CCCACCUCUCCUUACGAUAACAAGCAGCCAUGUCAUCUUAUCAUGACUUGCAUGAACCUAUGGCAGACACCAGUCUGUGUUUAUACUUCUCUGCCUUUCUAUACCUCUCUCUUCCUCCUCCCUAUUCUGCAAUUGGUUUACACAAUGAUUCCAGCAAAUCCGUCAUCGGUGGAGAUGAAGGGGCCCAUGCCAGGGCGAAGCAUAUCAUUCCCCCUUGGGGUGAUGGGUUCCGUCACUGUGACACUUCUGAUUCGUCAGAUAGUCCAUGGUCGACCUGCAGCUGCAGUUCCAAUGCUCCGGGACCAUGUUGGGAGCAUGGAGCAUGCGACGGGGCCUCCGCAUCGCGAUCCAACCAGGAGAAGUGCUAAACUUUUGACAGUGGGUCUCUCUGCUGAUCGUCAACACACCGGAGAUGCGCGCUAGCCACCCAUCCCUCAUGCCAAUCCAUGGAUCACUCCAAGAUGUACGUGCUGAAAUGGAGACAUCAUAAGUAUAUUUGGUUUAGCCGUCACAU